UAUAAUAUUUUAGAAAUUGGAAAACCAACACUGGAGUACUGAGGCAGAGUCGUUAAUGUUAGUUUUAUACGGAAAUGACGACGGUUGCAGGAAUUGGAGCGACAGUUGGUCUCUGCUUGAAAUCCAAGCCCUCGACUCCAAUUUUCUUCUCAACUCCAUUUAUCGGAAAGAAGCUCGAAAUCAGAAUUUCCAGCUCUUCUGAAGCUAAGAUCGCUUCGAAGUCCAAGUUUUUGGUGGUGCGUGCAGGAGCCGAACUAGUUGAUCUUGUUUACCAUCUCUUUGUCGGCGUAGGUGUUGGACUUCCUUGCACUGUAAUGGAGUGUGGUGACAUGAUCUACAGAAGCACUCUCCCUAGGUCCAAUGGCCUCACCAUCACCGUCCCCGGUGUAAUCUUAGCUCUCAGCGCUGUCUCUUACCUCUGGGCUACCCCUGGUGUGGCUCCUGGUUUCUGGGACAUGUUCGUUCUUGCUUUCGUAGAGCGGCUCUUUCGUCCUACUUAUAGAAAGGAUGACUUUGUUUUGGGGAAGAAGUUGGGUGAGGGCGCUUUUGGAGUGGUUUAUAAAGUUUCAUUGGCAAAGAAGCCUGCUUCCAAGGAAGGUGAUUUAGUGUUGAAAAAGGCUACUGAAUAUGGCGCGGUGGAGAUUUGGAUGAACGAGAGGGUCCGGAGGGCUUGCACCAAUAGCUGUGCAGAUUUCGUGUACGGCUUUCUUGAGAGCUCUUCCAAGAAAGAAGGUGAAUAUUGGCUUAUAUGGCGUUUUGAAGGGGAGGCAACACUCACGGAUCUAAUGCUGAGUAAAGAGUUCCCUUACAAUGUGGAAACAAUGAUUCUUGGAGAGGUCCAGGACUUGCCAAAGGGAUUGGAGAGGGAAAGUAGAAUCAUUCAGACAAUCAUGAGACAGCUUUUAUUUGCUUUAGAUGGACUCCAUUCAACAGGCAUCGUUCAUAGAGACAUCAAACCCCAGAAUAUUAUUUUCUCUGAAGGGGAUCGCAUAUUCAAGAUCAUUGACCUUGGGGCUGCAGCUGACUUGCGGGUGGGAAUCAACUAUAUUCCCAAGGAGUUUCUCUUGGACCCAAGGUAUGCAGCACCCGAGCAAUACAUCAUGAGCACUCAAACUCCAUCUGCUCCUUCGGCUCCAGUUGCGACUGCUUUAUCCCCAGUCUUGUGGCAGAUGAAUUUACCUGAUAGAUUUGAUAUCUACAGUGCUGGGCUCAUAUUUUUGCAAAUGGCAUUCCCAUCAUUACGUACAGACAGUAGCCUCAUUCAAUUCAAUCGUCAGCUAAAAAGAUGUGAAUAUGACUUAGUUGCAUGGAGGAAAACUGUUGAGCCUCGGGCUGGCGCUGAACUCAGGAGGGGCUUUGAGUUACUUGACUUAGAUGGUGGGAGAGGGUGGGAGCUUCUGACAUCUAUGGUCCGUUACAAAGCACGGCGAAGAACAAGUGCGAAAGCAGCCCUAGCCCAUCCAUAUUUCGACAGGGAAGGUUUGUUGGCUUUGUCCUUCAUGCAGAACUUGAGAUUGCAGCUGUUUCGGGCUACUCAGCAAGAUUACAGUGAAGCCGCUAAAUGGGUAAUCGGGCUAAUGGCAAAAUCUGGAACAAAGAAGGAUGGGGGUUUCACGGAAACUCAGCUUCAGGAGCUCAGAGAAAUGGAGCCAAAGAAGAAGGCCAGUGCCCAGCGUAAUGCUUUGGCAUCAGCUCUUCGCUUGCAGAGGAAGAUUAUACGAACAGUGAACGAGAGCAUUGAUGAGCUCAACCAACGCAGGAAGAGUCUAUGGUGGAGUAGGUGGAUCCCCAGAGAGGAAUGAAGAAGGUAUAUUCUGUGUAAAUUUUGUCUAGCACUACAAGGUACAUUUGUUGUUCAUAAUACAGAGCUCGGUUUGUAUGUAUAUAAUGGAUUUUCCAUACCUUUCAUGGGAAGAGU